GUGAGCGUCAGCCUCACCGCCUGAAACUCCUUGUUCUAGGAGACGCAAGGAGGCCGCCCUGACAACAGAGCCACCCUCCCAUCCCCUCUCCGUCUUCAGCACGAUCCGUUAAUAAAAGCACAGCCCUUUUGUUUUCCUCCUAGCUGACCUUUCAGACUCCCCCCGUCUUUAUUUAACCCCACCGUACAUACUUCACCAUGGCGGCAAGUGCGAAGCGAAAACAGGAGGAGAAACACCUGAAGAUGCUGAGAGAAAUGACGAGUUUGCCUCCCAAUAGAAAGUGCUUUGACUGCGACCAGCGCGGCCCGACCUACGCCAACAUGACGGUGGGCUCCUUCGUGUGCACCUCCUGCUCUGGCAUUCUCCGAGGACUGAAUCCCCCCCACAGAGUCAAGUCAAUCUCCAUGACAACCUUCACGCAACAGGAAAUCGAGUUCCUACAAAAACAUGGCAAUGAGGUUUGUAAACAGAUUUGGCUUGGUCUGUACGAUGACAGAACCUCGUCAGUACCAGACUUCAGAGAACCACAGAAAGUUAAAGAGUUCCUGCAAGAAAAAUAUGAGAAGAAGCGAUGGUACGUCCCUCCUGAGCAGGCCAAGGUCGUGGCAUCGGUCCAUGCUUCCAUUUCUGGCUCCUCAAACAGCAGCACCAGCAGCACCCCCGAGGUCAGACCCCUCAAAUCUCUCCUGGGGGAGUCGGCCCCCUCUCUACACCUGAACAAGAGCACCCCGCCCAAUCAGUCUCCUGUGGUGAGCCGCGGACAAGCCCACCAGCAGCAGUUCCAGCAGCAGAAGUUUGACCUCCUCAGUGACUUGGGUGGAGACAUCUUCGCUGCCCCACCCAACAUAAACGCAGGAUCCAGCUCCAGUUUUGCUAACUUUGCACAUUUCAACAGCCACACAAUGGCACAGAGUGCCAAUGCAGACGCAGGCUUUGCUAAUUUUGAUGCAUUCGGAAGCACUUCUGGGUCGACAGGUGGUUUCCCUUCAGCACCCCAAGCCCCAUUUCAACCCUCAAACACAGCUUUCACUGUGCUCUCAUCCAGCCGCAGUAUGGGUGAGUUUGCCACUGCUCUGCCUCUCCGGGGUGCGCACAGUAGCACCUCAGGGGGACUAGCAAAUGCCAAUUUUGCAAAUUUUGAGAACUUCCCCAAAUCGUGUAGUGCUGACUUUGGAUCCUUCAGUGCCUCCUCCCAGAGUAACUCCGCAGGAGCUGGCAGAGACGCUGUACAGAGUACUAGCGUUUCUGUCGAUAGAUACGCAGCCCUGGCUGACCUGGAUAACAUGUUUAGCUCUGCCAUAACAGAGCAAGGGGGUAGUAUUCCUGGCGGGGUGAGCUCUGCUGCAGCCGGAGCUGCUGGCUUACCUCAGAAGCAGCAGGCGGCGUUGGCAGUGGGGGACCGCUACGCUGCUCUGGCUGAGCUGGACACCGUCUUCAGCUCCUCGGCUCCGGCCACCAGUGUUUACAACACCACCAGCACCUCACAAGGGGUUGUUUUUGGCUCGGAGACCAGGGUGUCAACAGCACAAGCACAGCAGCCCAUGCCUGGCAUGGCUCAGGGCUUCGGAGCAGCCCCGUCAACUAAUCCAUUUGUGGCUGGCGGUGUCGCUCCAGCAGCAGCUCCCACCAACCCAUUCCAGUGCAACGGCAGAGCAGCAAGCGUGGCGGCGGCAGCGGCGGCAGCAGGCUUCAUGAGCGCUCUUCACGGGCAGGUGUAUCCUCCCAUUGUGGCACCGUUUGGAACGGGCUCCAUGAGCAUGCCAGCUGGAUUUGGGAACGCUGCAGCCUACAACCUCCCCACCAGCUUUAGUGGAACAUUCCAGCAGCCCUUCCCCGGCCAGGCUCCCUUCCCUCAGCCUCCUGCUUAUCCCCAGCAGCCCAACGGUGGAGGAUUUGCGUCGUUUGGACAGGCCAAACCGGUCGUGGCUCCGUUCGGACAGACGAUGGCGGGACCGAUGGUCUCCAGUAACCCUUUCCUGGGUGCGGCUCCGCCUGCGCAGUAUCCAGCGGGAGGCUCUUCAACAAACCCCUUCUUAUAGCGAUCCGUCUUGUCAGCUGCAUUACAGGGUCAACAACUGGCGCGCUUGCACCUAUUGCACUGUUUUGUUUCACACGUAGCUUUAAAAAAAACAAAAAAAACACAAUGUUUGUAAGGAUUUGUAUUUUCUAUGGCAGUUUGUCACAAAUGGAACAAUAUGCGAGACAGUCACGCUGACACUGUCUACAGCUACAAAACAAAGUGAUGGUGUGUACAGAGGGAGAGGUUGAUCCCCUCUUCUCUAUUUAACCUGUGAACUGGCCUCUUCUGAGCCACAAUGUAUAAUCAAACUGGCUGAAAUGUAAGUUAUUGCGUACACUAUAUCUCAUUCAUUAUGCUGCAAUUCUGUACAUAUUUUUUUUUUCUUUUAGGAAGUUUAGCUUUUUGUGCAUAUCAGUAUUUGUAUCUAACACACAAGAUUUGUUAAGGCAGAAAUGUUGCUUGGAAAAAAAAUAAGAAAAAGCUAAUGGGUACUGCCACUUACUGUAUUUGUAAUGAACCAAACUGUUUGUUUGUGCAGGAUACUUUGAGGUAAACUGUUCCUACAGGGGAAGAUUUUCUGUCGAAUGGAGGUGAAAACAGGGGUGAAUGCUGCAUCAGGGACAGGUGGGGGACGAGCCUCUCUGCCGUCCCCUGUCCUGCUUUCAGAGGCCCAGGUCGCAACACUUUUUGAGUGACUGUCAAAAACUGAUGAACUGAAAACCACUUAUUGGGUAUCAGAGAAUUUUAAGUUAAUGUGUAAAUAUAUACAGUAUAUAUUAAAAUCAUUUUAA